AUGUCCAUAAUGCGUAACUCCAAUUACGACCAAAGUUUCAAGGAAGGAGAUUUGGUGUGGUGUAAGAACACAUCGUCCACAAAUGACCAAAUCAAUAUGAUGUACAAUUUAUGUCGUGUAAUUGACGUAAAAUGUGAUAAUCAAAUAUUAUUAUCUAAAUAUAAUGAUUACAGUGAUUAUGUGUUUCUUGCUGACUCUGAAAAUUUAAGUAAAGCGAAUUAUUUAUUUUCAUUAGAUCAAAAUGAUAUGAUGAAAUUAAGAUAUAUUAAUGAACCAUCAGUAUUAUAUCACUUAAAAGAAAGGUUUAAGAACAAUAAAUAUUAUACAAAAAUGGGACCAUUAUUAAUUUUUAUUAAUCCUAAAAUUAGCAAUAAUAUUAAUAAUGAAGAAACAAUUGAAAAAUAUAAAUGUAUAGAUUGUAUAGAAGAUUUAAGCUUAAAUGAAUACCACGUUGUACAUAAUGCCUUAAAAAAUUUAAAUGAAUUAAAAAGAAAUCAGUCUAUUAUUAUAUCUGGAGAAUCUGGGUCAGGGAAAUCUGAAAUAGCUAAAAACAUCAUAGAUUUUAUUGCUUACCGAGUAAAAGGUAGCCGACGACUUCCAACCAUGUUCCCUAUGAUAGACAAAAAUGAAGUAAUAGAAGAAAAUGAAACUGAUGCUUAUGAGAAUAAUGUAAACGAUCAAGAAGAAGACAAUAUCCAUAACGAAGAAAAUACAAUAUAUCAAUUUAACAUGUCUGAAAUGCUCAAACACGUAAACGUAGUGAUGGAAGCCUUUGGAAAUGCUGUCACUGUAGAUAACAAAAAUUCAAGUCGAUUUUCUAAAUUUUGUACAAUACAUAUAGAAAAUGAAGAAAUAAAAUCAUUUCAUAUAAAGAAAUUUUUAUUAGAUAAAGAAAGGUUAAUAAAUAGAAAAGCAAAUGAAAAUUCAUUUAAUAUAUUUUAUUACAUGAUAAAUGGAUCAAGUGAUAAAUUUAAGAAGAUGUAUUUUUUAAAAAGUAUAGAAAAUUAUUCUAUGUUAAAUAAUGAAAAGGGCUUUGAAAAAUUUUCUGAUUAUUCAGGAAAAAUUUUAGAAUUAUUAAAAUCAUUGAAUUAUAUAUUUGAUGAUGAUAAAGAAAUCGAUUUUAUUUUCUCAGUACUAUCUGCAUUAUUAUUAUUAGGAAAUACAGAAAUUGUAAAAGCAUUCCGUAAAAAGUCUUUACUUAUGGGAAAAAAUUCAUGUGGACAAAAUAUAAACUAUGAGACCAUAUUAAAUGAAUUAGGAAAUUCAGAAGAUAUUGGAUUAGAUGAAAAUGUUAAAAAUUUAUUAUUAGCAUGCAAAUUAUUAAGUUUUGAUAUAGAAACCUUUGUAAAAUACUUUACAACUAAUUAUAUAUUUAAUGAUUCUAUACUUAUAAAGGUGCAUAAUGAAACAAAAAUUCAAAAAAAAUUAGAAAAUUUUAUAAAAACAUGCUACGAAGAAUUAUUUAAUUGGAUUAUAUAUAAAAUCAACGAAAAAUGUACACAAUUAGAAAAUAUAAAUACAAAUACCAAUUACAUAAAUAUAUUAGACAUGGCAUAUUUUGAAAAUUCCAAAGAUAACUCAUUAGAACAAUUAUUAAUUAAUACGACAAAUGAAGAAAUAAUUAAAAUUAAAAACAAUUGUCUCUACAAACAAGUAGUGCUUUCAUAUAAUGAGGAUGGAAUAUUUUGUGAAUACAAUAUGGAAAAUAUAGACAAUGAACCUUUAUACGAUUUAUUGGUUGGUCCAACAGAAGGAUCCUUAUUCUCACUUUUGGAAAAUGUUUCCACAAAAACAAUAUAUGACAAAAGUAAUUUACACGCGUCUAUAAUACGAAAAUUUAGCCGUAAUUCAAAAUAUAUUAAAAAAAAUGAUAUAACUGGAAAUAAAAAAACAUUUGUCAUCACCCAUUCUUGUGGAGAUAUAAUAUACAAUGCAGAAAAUUUUGUUGAAAAAAAUAUAGACAUAUUAACAAAACGUUUUAUUGAUAUGGUUAAACAAUCAGAAAAUGAAUAUAUGCGACAAUUUUGUAUGUUUUAUAAUUAUGACAAUUCAGGAAAUAUUGUAGAAGAAAAAAGAAGAUAUAGUAUACAAUCUGCUCUUAAAUUAUUUAAAAGGGGAUAUGAUACCAAAAACCAAAUGGCUGUUAGUUUAUUAAGAAAUAAUUUAACAGAAUUAGAAAAACUUCAACAUACCACUUUUUGCCAUUUUAUUGUUUGCAUGAAACCUAACGAAAGUAAAAGAGAAUUAUGUUCAUUUGAUGCUAACAUAGUAUUGCGACAAGUUAGAAAUUUUAGCAUUGUUGAAGCUUCACAAUUAAAGGUCGGAUAUUAUCCUCACAAAUUCACCUUAAACGAGUUUCUCUCCAUUUUUGACAUAAAAACAAAAACCAUUGAUGAAGAAAAUGCAGAAGAUCAAUGUGAAGUUGUCGAUGUGAAAAAUGAAAAUGCAGAAGAUCAAUAUGAAGUUGUCGAUGUGAAAGUUGAGCAAGAUGAAGAUGCAGAUGUAGAAGAGAAAGUUGAGCAAGAUGAAGAUGUGAAUGUAGAAGAGAACGUCGACCAAUAUGAGAAUGUGGAAGAGAACGUCGAACAAUAUGAGAAUGAAGAAGAAAACGUCGAACAAUAUGAGAAUGAAGAAGAAAACGUCGAACAAUAUGAGAAUGUGGAAGAGAACGUCGAACAAUAUGAGAAUGAAGAAGAGAAAGUUGAACAAUCUGAGGAUGUAGAAGAAAAAUCAAAUGAAUAUCUCAAAGAAAAAGUUGAAGCUCUAAUAAAAUCAUAUCAAAUAAACAACUACGAAUGGAUGAUAGGAAAUAAUAUGGUUUUCAUUAGCAAUUAUUGCUUAAGAUUAUUAAUUAUUAAUAUCUUUCCUAAAUAUGAACAUUUUAAUAUUUCUUAUGAACAACAUAUUGAACAUAUGAAAAAAUCAGCACUAUAUAAUCUAAAUGAUGUAUCUAAUUUAGAAUGUGUAAAAUUUGAUGAUGAAUAUAUCGAACAAGAAAUUGAUACUCCAAAUAAUGAUAAAACAUGCUCUGGAAAUAUUUUAAGAGACGAUAUUCAGUCAAAUAAAGAAGACAAACCAAAAAAAGGAAGUAAAAAUAGGCUUAGUCAAUUAUAUCAAUUUUUUGGAUUCAAAAAAUCCAGCAAAUCUGAAGAAAAGAAAAAUUCUAUUAAAAAAGUGGUUGAAGAACAAAUAGUUUUGAAAGAAGAUGAAAACGAUACCAAUCCCAUUGACGAUAAAUGCAAUGAAAAUAUAGAUAAAAAUUCUAAUAAAAAUAAUUUUGAAAUAUUAGAUAUUGUAAAUAAAAACAAAAUCAAGAUAAAUGAAUCCAUAAAGCAAUUCUUUAAUUUUUAUAAUUGUUGUAAGCCAUAUGCUAUUUGUACUAAAGGAUAUGAAAAUUUAUGCUACACCAGCUUUGCCAAGAGGCUGACCAUGGGAAGUGACAUUUUUCAGAGUAUCGAAACGGAAAAAUACCAAGCCAUCCAAGAUCUCUUUGGUGAAAAAGUUAGUGAACAAGAGAAUGCAGCUAGCGAAGCGGUUGAAAAGGUUGAAGUUGAAGAAGUUAAAGAACUUGAAAAGGUUGAAGAAUUUGAAAAAGUUGAAGAAUUUGAAAAAGUUGAAGGAGCUAAAGAACUUGAAAAAGUUGAAAAAGUUGAAGAAGUUGAAGAAAUUGACGAUGUUGAAGAAGUCGAAGAAAUUGAAUUUACAAAGGAAGCUUCUGAGGGCCCUGUCGAGGGAAUUGAAACGGCGAACGCCGAAACAAUUGGAGAGGAUAUUUGUGAGGACAUCGAACCUAUGAAUGAAGAAUCUAAUAAAAACCAAAAAAAUAACGGGCAAAAUAAAAAAAAAAAACGAAGAAGAAGACGAAAAAGAAAAAGCACUUCAACUGUGAAGAGCGAACCGAUAGACCAAAAGGAAGAACUUCCUGUAGGGGCUAUACCAAAUGAAACUGAAGACAAAGAAGUUUCCGUAGAAACAGAACCUGUAGUAGAAGUAGAAAAUGUAGGAGAAGAAGAAAAUGCAGUUGAAGUAGAAUCCGUAAUAAAAGUAGAAAAUGUAUUUGAAGUAGAAUCCGUAGUAGAAGUAGAAAGUGCAGUAGACGUAGAAAAUGCAGUAGAAGUAGAAAAUGCAGUAGACGUAGAAAAUGCAGUAGAAGUAGAAAAUGUAGCUGAAGUAGAAUCCGUAGUAGAAGUAGAAAGUGCAGUAGAAGUAGAAAAUGCAGUAGAAGUAGAAAAUGUAGCUGAAGUAGAAUCCGUAGUAGAAGAAGAAAAUGCAGUUAAAGUAGAAAAUGUAGCUGAAGUAGAAUCCGUAGUAGAAGAAGAAAAUGCAGUUAAAGUAGAAUCUGUAGAAGAAGUAGAAAAUGUAGGAGAAGACGAAAAUGCAGUUGAAGUAGAAUCCGUAAUAGAAGUAGAAAAUGUAUUUGAAGUAGAAUCCGUAGUAGAAGAAGAAAAUGCAGUUGAAGUAGAAUCAGUAGGAGAAGAAGAAAAUGCAGUAGAAGUAGAAAAUGUAGCUGAAGUAGAAUCCGUAGUAGAAGAAGAAAAUGCAGUUAAAGUAGAAUCUGUAGAAGAAGUAGAAAAUGUAGGAGAAGAAGAAAAUGCAGUCGAAGUAGAAAAUGUAUUUGAAGUAGAAUCCGUAGUAGAAGUAGAAAAUGCAGCUGAAGUAGAAUCCGUAGUAGAAGAAGAAAAUGCAGUUGAAGUAGAAUCUGUAGGAGAAGAAAAACAAACCGUUACAGUAGAGGAUGUAACCAAUGAAAUCAAAGAAGAUGAUGGUGAAGUAAGCAUGGAACAGAAUGUGAUGAUAUAUGUAGAAGAAGUUGGAACAAAGGAAAAUAUAAACGAAAUAGAAAUAAACGAGAAUGAAGAAAUUUCAAUCGAUGAAAAUGAAAAUUUAAAAGUCAUAAAUUGUGAAUUAAAUGAAAUGAGCGAAACAGAAGAAUCUAUAGAAAAAGAAAAUCCAAAUGAAAAUAAUUGUGAUGAUGAUGAAAAUAAAUUAUUUGAAAAUAAUAAAGAGACACAACAAGAUAUAAAUAAUACAUUAAAUGACGAAACUAAAGUUUCUGAUGAUGAUGAAAGUCGUAGAAACAGUGCAACAGAUUACCUUAAAAUGAUAUUAUCAAUAGAAAAGGAAGAUUUUAAUAAUGUUAUAAAUUUUAAUAAUUAUGAAAAUGGAAAAUUCAAACAAUUUAUAUCUUGUUAUAAUAAUUUAAAUAAUGUAAGUUUUGAAGAAUAUUUUAAAAAUGUAAAUUUAUCUAAUUAUAUAGAUCACAUAGAAGCUUUACGUAAAUAUGGACCAGAAUUUGCACAAUCUACAAAUAAAGAUAUAUUAUUAAAUAAUUUAAAUGAUUUAUUUGUAUAUAAAUCUAAAGAAAAGGAAAGUUUUAUGACAAUAUUAAAAAAUAUGGCUACAGUUAUGGAAAAUGUCCAUGGAAAAAAAUGGAACAUAUUAAUGACUGGAUCAGAUUACUAUUUUAAAUCAUAUUUAUAUAAUGAGGAUAAAAUUAUUUAUGCUAAUAGUAAUAACGAUUUUAGUGAUAAAAUAACUUAUAAUUAUGAAGAGGAUAAAUAUGACAAUGAAAUUAAAAAUAAUGAUAUCAAUAAAACAGAUGAAAAUAAAAGACAUAGUUUGAGUUACACACCAAUAGUUGAAUACUUGUCUUUAUCAGGUGUAAAUAAAAAUAUACAUGAAAUAUGUAUAUCUAAUAAUUUAGAUAAAAAAUAUUUUAAUGAAAAAUAUGAAAUAUUAUGUUUUAGAUCAAAAACUGUUAGUAGAUUAGAUUAUAUGAAUGCUAAAUCAUUUUAUACAUCUAUUAAUUACAAAAAAGUAAAGACAAGAUGUUUAACAUUAACACAUAUAGAUUUCACAUAUAUGGAAGAUCAAAUGAAAACUAAUUUUAAGCAGCAUGUUAUUAAUGAAUUUAUAAAUAACCCCAAUAUAAGUAUGGAUGAUUUAUCUGACAGUUUACUGAAAUUAGCUACUUAUUUCUAUCCUAGCAAUAAAGGUACAUGGUGUGUAUUCAUAUCAAAAAGACGAUCUUUUACUGGAUCCAUUAAUGUUGUUAAAAAUAGAUAUUUAAGAAUGACUGUUAAAAAUAAAAACAGAAAAUAUAACAUUAUCAUAUUCGAGACUCCUGUAUGA